UAUGAUUUUUGCCCUUUGUUUAUUUUGGCGCGGCGCGGCGCAAGGCGAGGCUUCCGCCAAAUCUCUCCGAGCUUCUCGUCUCUCCGCAAAUUGCCCGAACAACCUUGCCCUAAUCCUCUCACUCCUCUUCUCCUCCUCCUAGGACUGCCUUUCCCUUACUUAGUCUCCGCCGUCAUGUUGACGCCCUCUGCAGAUUCGAGCUCCGUCGCGGUCGCGGACGAUGAGGACCAUCGGACCACCCUCCUGGAUGCUCCCCUUACGCCACCGCCCGUCCGUCCCCCGUCCUCCGGACAUCGUCCUCAACCACCUGCGCCGCCGCCCUUGGCGACCCCGCCGGAUCCUCGACCCCGGUGGUGAUGUCGUCCUCAUGUGGAAUCGCAUUUUCCUCUUUUCCUGUCUCGUGGCUCUCUUCGUCGACCCUCUCUAUUUCUACCUUCUCUUCAUCGGUGGCCCUGGCUGCGUUCGCAUCGAUUUCAACAUCGGUAUCAUCGUCACCUUCUUCAGAACCGUCGCCGAUCUCUUCUAUUUGGGGCAGAUUGUCCUCAAGUUCCGGAUCGCCUUCGUUGCACCCAGCUCCAGGGUCUUCGGUAGGGGAGAACUCGUCACUGAUCCCUCUCAGAUUGCAAUGCGCUACCUUAAAAGUGAUUUUGUCAUCGAUCUCGUCGCCAUGCUGCCCAUCCCACAGAUAAUAAUCUGGUUCGUGAUUCCAGCAGUGAGCAGCUCUUCGGCUAAUCACACCAACAAUACACUUUCCUUAAUUGUCUUACUACAAUACGUCCCACGGUUAUUUCUCAUUAUUCCUUUAAAUGCACGAAUUGUCAAGGCUACAGGAGUAGUUACGAGAACUGCAUGGGCAGGAGCUGCAUACAAUCUCCUUCUUUACAUGUUAGCAAGCCAUGUUUUAGGAGCUUUGUGGUAUCUGUUGUCCAUUGAACGGCAAUACACUUGCUGGGUCACAAUUUGCAGGGAAGAAAAUGGAAUCAUGAACAUGCCAUUGUGCAACCCUAGUUUUUUGGACUGUAGUAGCUUGGAGCUGCCAGAACGAAAGGCUUGGCGUAAUGCAACCCUUGUAAUUAGCAAUUGUGACGCUACAAAUGACAGCAUUCAGUUUAAUUUUGGCAUGUAUGCAGAAGCUUUGACUAGUGAGAUUGUUGCCGCAACUUUCAUUGAGAAGUAUCUAUUUUGCCUCUGGUGGGGAUUGAAAAAUCUAAGCUCAUACGGACAGAAUUUGGGAACAAGCACAUACAUUGGCGAAACAACAUUUGCCAUUGCUAUAUGCAUUAUUGGUCUUGUUCUGUUUUCGCAUUUGAUUGGAAACAUGCAGACGUACUUGCAAUCGAUUACUGUGAGGCUCGAAGAAUGGAGGGUGAAGCGAAGAGACAUCGAAGAGUGGAUGAGGCACCGUCAGCUACCACCGGACCUACAAGAUCGCGUUCGGCGAUUUGUACAGUACAAAUGGCUCGCCACCAGAGGCGUCGACGAGGAAUCAAUUCUCCGUUCUUUACCUUUGGAUAUCCGUCGCGAAAUCCAACGACAUUUAUGUCUUGCUCUUGUUCGUCGAGUGCCAUUUUUCUCACAGAUGGACGAUCAGCUACUGGACGCCAUUUGCGAACGGUUGGUGUCGUCCCUGAGCACCAAGGACACGUACAUCGUCCGGGAGGGCGACCCCGUCAACGAAAUGCUCUUCAUCAUCCGAGGCGAGCUCGAGAGCUCCACCACCAACGGCGGCCGUACCGGCUUCUUCAACUCAAUCACUCUCCGCCCGGGCGAUUUCUGCGGCGAGGAGCUGUUGACGUGGGCUCUGGUGCCCAACCCCAGCGUCAACUUCCCGUCCUCCACCCGCACCGUCCGCGCCCUCUGCGAGGUCGAAGCCUUCGCGCUCCGCGCCGAGGACCUCAAGUUCGUGGCCAACCAGUUCAAGCGCCUCCACAGCAAGAAGCUGCAGCACGCCUUCCGGUUCUACUCGCACCAGUGGCGGACGUGGGGCGCCUGCUUCAUCCAGACAGCCUGGCGGCGGUACAAGAAGAGGAGGCUGGCCAAGGAGUUGGCGGAGCAGGAGUACCUCUUCUACGAGGAGGCGGUGGUCGACGAGGACGGCGCGGCACAUGACGGGGCACCGUUGCUGGAGGAUUACGAGGACGACGCGUCGGGAGAGAUGGAGGCGGGGAGCAAUUAUCAGCAUCUCGGCGCGACGAUUCUGGCGUCCAAGUUUGCAAAGAACACCAAGAAAGGAGCGGUUCAGAAGGUGAACCAGAUCAGUCAGGCUUCGACGAGUAUUAAGUUGCCCAAGCUGUUGAAGCCGGAUGAACCGGAUUUCUCCAUGGGCCACGAUUAGAUGCGAUAAUGGAUGCCAUGAUUACCAUUAGCUAGUUAGUGAGAAUGUCAAUUAGAUGUAACUAGUGAUUUUCUUCUUUUACACAUCUUGUAAACGUAAGAAUAGCACAGCAUAUUCAAAUUCAAACAUAUGUAAUUUUUGUCGCAUGUUCAACCGACUUUCAUUUACUCGAGAGCACUGAAAUUUCGAAUUGGAA